GUGUACAUAGCUAGCAAUAUAUAAGGCCGGUCUUGGGCGGCACAACAGCAAAAUGAGCGCUCCACUCUCAACGCGAACGCGAAAUUAAGCAAGCGAGCAGCGUGGGUAAGAAUGAUGACGCUUCCCAUGGCAGCAGCAACCGCCUUCUUCUUCCUCGCCCUCCUCGUGGCCGUGUCAACAGUCCUGGCGGCCAUCGUCGAGCACACAUUUGUUGUACGGCAGAUGCAUAUGCAACACUUGUGCAAGGACACGCUGGUGACGGUGGUGAACGGGCAAUUCCCAGGCCCAGCUGUAGAGGCCACGGAAGGGGACACCGUGGUUGUCCACGUCAUCAACCAGUCGCCCUACGGAAUCACGAUCCACUGGCACGGCGUGAAACAGCGGUUAACCUGCUGGGCCGACGGGGCCGGGAUGAUCACGCAGUGCCCGAUCCAGCCCAACACGGCCUUCACGUACCGGUUCACGGUGGCCGGGCAGGAAGGAACCCUGUGGUGGCACGCCCAUGUCGCCAGCCUCCGUGCAACCCUGCACGGCAUCCUCAUCAUCCGCCCAAAGUCCGGCUCCUACCCGUUCCAAAAGCCUCACAUGGAUGUCCCCAUCAUCAUAGGUGAAUGGUGGCAGAAGGACCUGACAGAAGUGGAGAAGGGGUACCUGAACAGCAACGACAACGACCCUGCUGCGGCUGCCAUCAACGGGAAGCUUGGAGAUCUCUACAACUGCUCCGGUGUAGUAGAGAACAGCUACGUUCUGGAAGUGGAGCGGGGAAAGACGUACAUGCUGCGGCUGGUGAACGCCGCGCUCUUCUCCGAGUACUACUACAAGGUCGCCGGCCACAGGUUCACGGUGGUCGGUGUCGACGCCAACUACGUCAAGCCGUACGACACGGACGUCCUCGCGAUCGCGCCGGGCGAGACGAUGGACGUCCUCAUGGUCGCCGACGCGCCGCCGUGCCGGUACAACAUGGUCGCCCUGUCAAUCCAGGCGCCGGCGCCCGACCCGCAGAUCCAGACGUUCGUGUCCAGAGGCCUGGUGCGGUAUAAGAACGUUGCCGUCAACAGGACACGUGUCUGCAGCGAACAAGCUCUGACGCCGAAGAUGCCCGACCGCCACGACACGGCCACGACAUUCUUCUUCCACGGCAACCUCACCGGCAGCCUGCCGCCCGGUCAUCAAUCAUUGUUGAGGCAAGUCCGAGACCGUGUCGACGAGCGGCUGUUCAUCACGCUUGGCCAGGGCUCCAUCUGCAAAGGGGGAAACCAAGAGGGAUCGUGCAAGAGAGGAGGGAGCAACGAGUCCAUGCUAGUGGCGUACAUGAAUAACGUGUCCUUCCACCUCUCGGAGAAGACGGUGUCGUUGCUCGAAGCACGGUGGCACCGCCGGAACACGACGACGAUAAACGUGACGGUGGAGGAGCUGCCCGGAAGGCCGGCGAGGGUGUUCAACUUCACGGACCUGGCGCUGAUCCCGCUGAUCCCCGGUGGGAAGGGGGAAGAGCUCGAGCCGACGCGGAAGGCGACGACGGUGCGGCGGUUCGCGCACAACGCCACCGUGGAGGUGGUCUUCCAGAGCACGGCGGCAUUGCAGAGCGACUCCAACCCGAUGCACGUCCAUGGCCACGACUUCUUCGUGCUUGCGCAGGGCAAGGGCAACUACGACGCGGCUAGGGACGUCGGAAGGUAUAACCUGGUGGACCCGCCGAUGAAGAACACGGUGCAGGUGCCAAGGCUUGGGUGGGCAGCCAUACGCUUCGUCGCCGACAAUCCAGGGAUGUGGUUCAUGCAUUGCCACUUCGAGUACCACAUCGCCACGGGCAUGGCCACGGUGUUCCAAGUGGACGACGGGCCCACACUGGACACCACUCUUCCACCCCCGCCUUUGGAUCUACCAAAGUGCUCACAUAUCAAGGAAUAAGCUAGCCUAAAAAAAAGCUAGCCAGGGUUAUAUAGAAUAACUCUGGAAUUUGCGAGGCGAGUAUAUGUGUUUUUUUAUGGGUUCAACGUUUCGUUUUGUUAUUAACAUUUUUGAAUUGUGGAAAUAAUUUCAUAGA